AAGCGAACCAGCUUUCCCUCUGGCCGCCAGGGUGUUGCUUCCAAGUCGCGGAUUUUGAACGACUCCGACGACUCUGACGACCUUGUAAUCAGCAUGGCCAUCUUAUCCUCGCCCUUACAGCUCAUCGCUUCAGUUCCGCCUGUAACGCGUUUCUUUACAGCAGCCACGGCUAUCUCCUCCCUGUUUUAUUUCUGGCUUCGAUGGCAGGGCGGCAACAGUUUCUCUGCACCCUAUCUCGUACUCAUACCCGGGGCGAGCAUCUUUUACCCGUGGACGUUCUUCACGUCGGUGUUCAUAGAGACCAGUGUUGUUGAAUUGAUUGUAUCGUUAAUCGUUGUUCCACCAUGUUUGCGAUAUUUGGAGAGAUUAUGGGGAGCUGUCGAGACCAUCAAAUUCAUCGUGGUGUCCGUCACGUUCUCGAACAUCAUCGCGUUUGGGUUGAAUUGGAUAGAGUUCAUCGCGUUGCGGAACGCGGACCUUCUAUUGUACGGAAUGCAGUAUCAUGGACAGAUGGCGUUACAGGUCGCGAUUCUUGUUGCGUUCACACAGCUUAUUCCUGAGCAUCAAGUGCAGCUGUUCGGAGUCCUCAAGGCCCGUGUGAAGACAUUGCCGAUGGCCUAUGUCACGUUCUCGACGGUUAUGUGCAUUAUCGGCUUCCAAUGUCCAUAUAUCGUCAUCCAGUUCGGAUUCUUCGUCGGAUGGAUCUGGCUUCGUUUCUACAAAAAGAACGCGGCAGAUGUUGUAGGCGGGGACAGUUACGGAGACCGGAGUGAGACGUUUGCAUUCGUGUAUUGGUUCCCUCCGCCCCUGCACACCCCUAUAACACUCCUGUCGAAUGUGGUAUAUAAAUACGCCUCUCGAUUCCAUCUCAUUCCGGGUGGAGGCGCUGACCUGGAAAACAACGGCUAUGCUCUACCGGGCAGCGCUCGUGCAGAGGCCGAACGACGAAGGGCGAUGGCUCUCAAAGCGCUGGACCAGAGGAUGGCCAACUCGUCUGCGCCGGGCGGCAGUUCUGGAGCAUCGGCGCCGCGCCCUCCCCCCGCAGCGGCAUCUUCUGAGCCUGGCGGCCCUCCGAUGCCCUCGUCACCUGUGCGUAGCAAUUCGGGGUCGAUCGGCUCCGUAGAUUUGGGGAAAGGAAAAGCCCGUGAAGAUGCUACUGAGUAGCUGAUUCUGUGACACUCCUAUCGUGUCCUUAUAUCUAGUACAUAAUGCCGAUUUAAUACUCUUGCCCGUUCCUCUACGUACGAGGUGACAUCGUU